AUGCCAUCUUCCUCGGAUACCGGAGUGUCAGAUACGCUCGACCCUAUGGCGGUAGUCUCGGAUGAUGAGAUCCUGUCCGAGAGCGAGGUUUACACGUCAGACACUACUAGCACGGAUGAGGAUGCCUUCAAGCCGUUUGCUCUUCCUGAUUUUGGGAAUGAUAUUCCUCUUGCUGAUGGCCCUGUCGACGGGGACCUACCUCUUAUUCAGUUCCCUGCUCCUCUACCACUCGCCGCAGUUCCUCUCGAGGAUCUGCCAUAUGAUGAGUUCGCUGAUGAUGACAUCGAUUUGUUCCUAGAGGGUCCCCUGGAGGGUGACCAGGAUGGUGUGGCCCUUAUAGAUGCCGAUGUCCCUCUUGCUGAUCCCGUUGUCGACCCUGUUAUUCCCUUGGUUGAGAUUCCUGCUGAUAUGCCCAUUGCUGAUCCUGUUGUUCCUGUCGAGGCUCCCAUAAAGGAGGCUCCAUUUGAUCCGUUUGGUCCUUACUCAUUCGAGUCGGUAGCGUCCGCUUCACUGCACGCCCAGGGCGUACAGCACCACCCCUCCGACUCCGACUCAGACAUGGCGAUGUCUGUUACACCCCUCGUUCCCCACGACGUUGACCCAGAGCCAGAGGUCGAGUUUUUACCUGAUGAGCCUGCUCCAGUUGGUCCGGAGCUGGUCGUUGCUCAUGACCCCAUUGAUGCCCCAGCGGUUGCACAUUUGCCAGACCAUUUACCUGAGCCUGAUCAUGUCGAUAUACCAGACGUAGUACCACCUGUCAUUGUUGUGCCCGCCAUUGUACCACUGAUUCCGAAUGCUCCUGUUAUUGAUGCACCCAUUAUUGCACCGAUAGUACCUGUUUCGGCCCCUGUGCAUGCUGACCAUGCACCAUUUGCCGCUCACAUCGAUCCUCGUUAUGCUGACACCCGUAAUGGGUGGAUCGAGGAUGAUGAUGACUACCCACCGUUUGUGCUACCGGUCACUCCUCCUGUAGCACUUGUUUCCGCACCUAUCGAUGUCCCAUUUUUCCACCCACACAUCUCUGAUGUCCAUCGCACCGACCUUCCUAUCACAUUCCUCCAGGACAUUCCUCCACCUCGUCCUGGGGAGGGUUCGUCGAGGCAGCAGCCUGCUUUCGUUCCUCCUGUGUCAUCAUCUGUUCCGUUCAUAUCUCAGUUCCCUCACACUACACCAUCUUUUGUACCUUUGGGCGAGCCGUUUCUGUGGGCUUCGCCCAAUGUUAUGCCGUUAUCAGACCAGUACCACCCUUUUCAUGUGGGGUACACUACAGAGGACAUACUUGCAUCCCUGCAGCUACAGCAGGAUGCUCUAAGUCGUCGAGUCGGGGAGUUAGAGAGAGCUCCACGUCCUCCAUGUCACUGUUAG